GGUGUGAUCACGUCGCGCUUUUUACGCCGACGAAGUGACUGAAAUCCGAAACACGUCUCAGCUCCCCGCGGUAGGACCCGCUGCUCCUCCCGCGCCUUGACCUAAGUCCUUGCUCGAGUCUUACCUGGUUCGAUACCGCGCUCGUUGGAAACUAGGAGCUAGUCUCACGUCGGUAUCCCGUCGUCCUGACGUGAGUGCGAUUUUCCCUCCCUGACGAAUAUGAAUGGCGCGAAAGCCGCAUCGAUGAAUGAAGUGACCGAUAUCGUCUUAGCCACUCAGGAACCAGUACUCUAUUGAGAAUUGAAUAAUCUAACAUUCUUCUCCUUCGGUGAUUCUUGUAGUCGCAGCUCAAAAGAGAAGUCAGUAUGUCACUCAUCGUUAUCGUGAAGAACUUUCAGGGUCUUAAAUUUAAGGGCGAGAAGGUGGUGAAGAUCGACUUUCGAGAAGUGUCGCAUUAUUCGACGACUCUCGAGGACAACGGGGACUUUAUUGAGGUGGAGCAGAGCUUCACGUGGAAUCUGGGGAGACCGGUGGACGAGGCGGAGGUACUGCAAUUGGCUGUCGUUUCGCGUGGCGUUCUGAGGAACGAAAAAGUCGCGGCGAGGUACGGACUGGUGUUGCAGACGGUGGUGCGCGAGGGCAGGAUCCUGGUCUCGGACUCGCUGGUCGACCUCAAUAACAAGCCGCUUCCGGCGAUGGUGUGUUUCGAAAUUCGCUACAAUCCACCGGACGGAAGUUGCAGCUCGUACGCGCCUUCAGAAAUAAUGGAGGACGAGCAACAGAUGCUAAUCGAUAUCGAGCAGAACAUUGCGAAUCUCGAGAAAAGUCUCGAGCAGGCAAAAGGCACAAGUGGUGGGAAAAGAAGAGGUUCCUGGCACACUCCCGAGAAAACGUCGAAGAAGAGCUUUUUACCGAGAGGCACUUCCAUGUCGGUCGGCGAAAAAUCACCCGACGCCCGGAAACGCACCACCACGCUGAAGAGCAUGCGAUCCUUUCUGAAAUUGGGAAAGCAGAGACCGCCGCGUACCCGAUCCUGCGAUAGCGGCUCGGAAACGAGGGAACUUCUUGACAGGCGGGAUUCCAGCUGUCCGACUUCGAACGAACCGUCACGAACGAAUUCUAUGACUUCUCUCGAAACAAAUGCUUCUGAUAACGACAGUCAACUGAGUGCCAAAGAUCCCGAACAAGAGGAGACGGUCGUGAAAUCGGCCAAGAGACCGAAACCUAAGACGGGCGACACCGGGCAAAGUGCGCUAAAAGCUCAGGAUUAUCAGGUAUGCGUUACAAUCAUCGAGGCGAGGCAGCUCGCCGGCCUCAACAUGGAUCCGGUGGUUUGCGUGCAGGUCGGAGAUCAGCGCAAGUACACAAGCGUCAAGGAAUCCACGAAUUGUCCGUAUUAUAACGAAUAUUUUGUCUUCGACUUCCACAUGCCGCCCGUCAUGCUGUUCGACAAAAUCAUCACAUUGUCGGUGCAGCAAUCGCGGAAUCUCUUGCGCGCUAAUCUAACACUGGGCAUCUUUAAGUUAGACAUCGCGACGGUAUGGGCACAACCAGACCAUCAGUUCUACCACAAAUGGGCCCUGCUCACCGACCCGGACGACGUGGCCGGCGGACCCAAGGGAUAUCUGAAGUGCGACAUAAGCGUCAUCGGCAAAGGCGACACCGUGAAAAUACCGCCCAAGAGCGAGAAAGACGAGGACGACAUCGAGGGCAAUCUUUUGUUGCCGGACGGCGUGCCGAUCGAGAGGCAACGCGCGAGAUUCGUAGUGAAGAUCUAUCGUGCUGACGGGCUGCCGAAAAUGAACAGCAGUAUCAUGGCGAACGUGAAAAAGGCUUUCACUGGAGAAGUGAAAGAUCUGGUGGAUCCUUACGUUCAAGUGUCCUUCGCCGGACUCAGCGGAAAAACUAGCGUAAAGAGGCACAGCUAUGCGCCAGUGUGGAACGAGCAGAUAGUUUUCACCGAGAUGUUUCCACCUCUUUGUCAGAGAAUCAAGAUACAAUUGUGCGACAACGAUCCGGUACACGCUACCGUCAUCGGCACGCACUUUGUCGAUCUGAAACAGAUCAGCAACGACGGCGAGAAAGGUUUUCUGCCGACGUUCGGUCCGGCGUUCAUUCAUCUUUACGGCAGCAUCAGAGAUUAUCAUCUCAUAGAUGAACAUUCGACGCUGAAUACUGGUUUGGGCGAAGGAAUCUCGUACAGAGCAAGGCUAUUGAUAGCGAUACGAACCGAGAUCACCGAUAACGUGGAAAUGGCACCGUCGGAAGUCGAGGUGGAGCCGACGGUGCCGGUGAACGAAACCGCUUACGCGAGGAACGAGGAGUUCUUUUUGUUCGCCACAAUCAUGGACGCGACCAUGAUCGAUAAGAAGCUCUGCGACAAGCCGAUGUACUUCGAAAUAUCGAUCGGAAACGCGGGCAACGCACUCGACGGUCAUAACGAAAGUUUCAAGAUGUGCGACUCGUCGAAAAGCGGAACGGUUGGCGACGAAGAGGAGCUGCAAGAAGUGCUCGCCGGAUCUUGGCAGAGCACCACACCGGCCAGCAAGCCGAUGACGCACGACAAAAUUUAUUAUUUUCUGCCGUAUUGGGACGACAAGCCGUGUCUUCACGUGAGAAGCAUAUGGCCGGAUUACAGACGCAGGAUGUACAACAGCAAUAUUAUCGGCAAAAUUGUUGAUAAGCUGGAGGAAGGAUUGGCGGAAGUGCAGUCGCACUUGGAAGAUUCGACGUGCGAGAAACUGCUGAAGAGCACCCUUGAGGACCUGAGCGCUAACUGCAACCGAUACGUCAGCAUCAGCAAGUCCAGCGUGACCGGUCCGGGCGUCGGGAAGACGAAGCUGGAUAAGGAGCGUACGAAACUGUGCCAACGGGAAUUGGAGAACAUCGGGAUCAUGUCGCGUAAUCUCAAGGCGCUCGUAACCAAGAGCAGCUUCAAGGAACGACUGAAGACCGCUCAGAGCUACCUGCAGAAAUUGAAGUUUCUUGUCGAGGAUCCGCAAGAUUCGCUGCCGGACGUGUUUAUCUGGGUGAUCAGUUCCGGACGGCGAGUGGCGUAUCAGAGAAUAUCGUGUCGCGAGCUUAUCUAUUCGGUGGUGGACGAGGAAUGCGGUCGACAUUGUAGCAAGGUGCAGACCAUGUUUCUCAAGCUUCCAGGCAAAAAGAGAUUCGGACCGUCGGGAUGGGCGAUUCAGACGAAGUUGCAGAUCUAUAUGUGGCUGGGGAUAUUGAAGCACAAAAAGUAUUUUAUUCAGGGCUUACCUAAGGGAUACGAGAUCAGCCAUGAGAUCAGGAACGUGGACAGACCGCGCGCUCUUCCGCCUACCGUCAUUCACUACGUUCAGAAGCACAAAUUUCAACUGAGAGCCCACAUGUAUCAAGCGAGAUCGCUGAUCGGAAGCGACGCCUCCGGUCUCUCGGAUCCGUUCGCUCGAGUAGUUUGCGGCGAGUUAUGCAAGAGCACUCAGGUGAUCGACGAGACUCUCAGUCCGACGUGGGACGAACUAUUGCUGUUCGACGACAUUCUGAUCUACGGCGUCGCCGAUGAGAUCAAAAAGGACCCGCCGUCGAUCGUUAUCGAGCUGUUCGAUCAGGACAAAGUAAGUCAUAGUGUAGCUAUGGACAUAAAACUGCAUGAGGGCUCUGCUUUAACAGGAAAAUCGGAAUAUAUCGGGCGAGCGAUCGCGCGACCUCACGUCAAACUCGCCUCUGAGGCGUACGCACCCCCUCAAUAUCCGCCCUCUCUGGAAUGGUACGACAUCACCAGGGGUGCCUCGAGGGCCGGCGAGCUUCUUGCGGUUUUUGAAUUGCUGGAAUAUCCCUCCGCCAAGGAUUACGGCUUUCCCACUCUACCGGAUCCCAAAGACUUCAGCUCGGGAUCCCAGCCCCCGGGCGCCGGGCAGGAUCAGGGUCCGAUUCUUCCGGUGCCCGUGGGGAUUCGGCCUACUUUGUCAAAAUAUCGAAUCGAGGUGCUCUUUUGGGGUUUGCGUGAUCUGAAGAGAAUUCACCUUUUGACCGUCGAUAAGCCUCGCGUGGACGUCGAAUGCGCCGGUCACAUUCUCUAUUCGUCUGUCAUAGCGAACGCGAAGAAAAAUCCGAACUUCAACACGCCGAUCAAAUUUAUGGAACUGGAGCUUCCCGAACAAGAGCUUUAUCGACCUCCAUUGACAAUAAGAGCGGUCGACUGCCGAAGUUUCGGCAGAUACACCCUCGUCGGUACUCACACUAUCAAUUCGAUCCACAAAUACAUGUACUAUCCUUUGACCAAAAGGGCGAAGGACGCGCAGGAGAGGAAGAAGAGUUUGUAUCAGCUGCAGUGCACAGCUCUCGAUCAAUCCAAAUCGAGAUAUCAGCAAACGUCGGUGCCCGACUCGUUGACCGAUUUGGAAUCCAACAACGGUGACACCAUCAUCACCCUCGGAUUUGAAAUAGGAUGCGGUCCUACGAAGAAGGACAAAACGGAGCAGAACAUACGCAGAAAGCAGAGCUUGAUCAAUGACAACAGCGUUGGCGAUUUGGGCGCCUUGGAAGAUGGAGACGGUUGUCAGGAUUGGUGGACGAAGUACUUCGCAUCCGUGGAAGCGAUGAUCGAAGAGAAUAAAGAACUGCGCAAGGAGAAGUCCAUAUUCCAGAUCCAGCCGAACGGCACGCUACCGAUGUACCUGGAUGAAGCCGUUACACAGAGUCAGUUGGCCGCUUCGGGCGACAAGAACGUCGGGAUCACUCCCACGAAGAAGCUAUUCGGCCUGAAGUCAACGGCGAACGCGGCGAAAUUCGUCUCGAAGCUCAGUCCGAAGCAGACGCAACGCAAGUCCAAGAGGACCGCGUUACUGAAGAUCUAUCCGGGAGAGCUGGAGGCGCAGCCCGAGUUCGAGCAGUUCAAAGAAUGGUUGCACACCUUCGAGCUGUACCGCGGCAAGAAGACCGGCGACGAGACCGAGGACGAGUCGAGAAUCGUCGGCAACUUUAAGGGCGCGCUAAAGGUCUACAAGUGGCCGCUGCCCAAGGACCUGAUAGAUCACACCGUGAUGGGUUUCGACCCACAGUACGGCUUCUUCCAGGGUGUCCCGUCGAACGAGCCGAUCCACGUCCUGGUGCGCGUGUACAUCGUCAAGGCUAACGAUCUUCAUCCGUGCGAUUUGAACGGAAAAGCGGAUCCCUACGUGGUCUUGCAACUAGGAGGCAAGAGGAUCAGCGACAAAGAGAAUUACGUGUCGAAACAACUAAAUCCUGUCUUCGGAAAAUGCUUCGAGAUCGAGGCGACAUUUCCGCAGGACUCGCUGCUCACCGUGCAGGUUCUGGAUUGGGACUUGGUCGGAGCGGACGACAUGAUCGGCGAGACCAAGAUCGACCUGGAAAAUCGCUUCUACAGCAGACACCGCGCUACGUGCGGGAUCGCGAAGAAAUACGACGAAUCUGGUUACAACAAAUGGAGGGAUGCAAUGAAACCGACUCAGAUACUCUCGAAAUUGUGCAAGGAUGGAAAAGUCGACGGACCGGUGUAUUCUCAUGGUCGUGUUACAAUUGGUAGAAAAACAUUUUCUCUCUCGAACGAGGAAAUGGAAUAUUACGUGCACACAAAAGGAAUAGAAGAACAUCUCGCUUUGGCGGUUCUCCAUCAGUGGAACGCCUUUCCGCGAAUAGGUUGCGCUCUGGUGCCCGAGCACGUGGAAACCCGUCCUCUCUACAAUCCUGAGAAACCCGGAAUCGAACAGGGAAAAUUGGAAAUGUGGGUGGACAUGUUUCCAAUGGACAUGCCGUCGCCCGGACCGUCUAUCGACAUAUCGCCCAGGAAGCCCAAGAGUUACGAGUUGAGAAUUAUCAUAUGGAAUACGGACGACGUGGUUCUGGAAGAUGACGCCUUUUUCACCGGCGAGAAAAUGAGCGACAUUUACGUAAAAGGAUGGCUAAAGGGACCAGAAGACUGUCAGUCCACUGAUAUUCAUUACCGAUCGCUAACCGGCGAGGGUAACUUCAACUGGCGCUUCAUAUUCCCGUUCGAUUAUCUGGUAGCGGAAGAGAAGAUUGUCAUUAAUCGCAAAGAGAGUCUAUUUAGCUGGGACGAGACCGAGUGCAAAAUACCGGCGCGUCUGGAGUUACAAGUCUGGGACGCGGAUCAUUUCUCCGCGGACGAUUUUCUGGGCGCGAUAACUCUCGAUCUGAAUCGGUUUCCCCGAGGCGCGAAGAACAGCAAGCUCUGCUCGUUGAGCAUGCUGAAAACGGACGGUUCUGUGCCGACGGUCAACAUCUUCAAGCAGAAACGCGUAAAGGGAUGGUGGCCGUUUUACGUGAAGAAAGAGAACGAAGACAUGGAGCUAACGGGUAAGGUCGAGGCUGAAAUACAUCUACUGACAAAAGAAGAGGCCGAGAAGAAUCCUGCCGGUUUUGGUAGAAACGAACCGGAUCUCCUGGACAAACCAAAUCGGCCGGACGCUUCUUUCAUGUGGUUUCUCAAUCCGCUGAAAUCCAUCAAGUACAUAGUCUGGCACAACUACAAGUGGGCUAUCCUGAAGGCCAUGAUCGCGAUCGGUUUGGUCCUGCUUCUGCUCUUGUUCUUCUACGCGAUACCAGGUUACUCCGUGAAAAAGCUCUUGGGGGCUUAAAGUUGCAUUUAUCACAAAAAAAAAAAAAAA